AGCCAUUGGCUCAGCGUCGGUUCGUUCACGAAGCGCGGAGAAGCGGCGCAGGGCGCGGAGAAGGUCGGCAUGUUGAGCUGCUGUCAAGCAACCGGUGACAAUCAGGCAGAGGUCGUGGACGCCACCAUACCUCCCCGGGGGAAGGAGAACGCUCCGACCGAGUCUAGACCCUUGCAUACGUAUCCAAAUGGAUCGACGUACACAGGGGAGUGGCUUGGACCCCAUAGGCACGGACAUGGCCUUCAGGUCUGGCCCGACGGCGCGCGUUACGAAGGCCAGUGGGAGAACGACAAGGCCCACGGCUUCGGGCGCUUCGAGCACACGGACGGAGACAUCUACGAGGGCUACUGGCUGAACGACAAGGCCCAUGGCAAGGGCACCUACACCCACGCCAGCGGUUCCAAGUUCAGCGGCGAGUGGCAGGACGACAAGCAGCAUGGCUACGGCGAAGAGACGUGGCCCGAUGGAGCGAGGUACGUGGGCGAGUAUCAGAACGGCCUCAAGUCUGGCAAGGGCGAUUUCACCUGGGCGGACGGCUCCAGUUACUCAGGCCAGUUUUUCGAGAACGACAUCCACGGCGAGGGCAAGUACAGCUGGGAGGACGGGCGCGUCUACGAGGGCCAGUGGGACCGGAACCGCAUGCACGGCAAGGGCAAGUUCCGCUGGGCCGACGGCCGGGUCUAUGAGGGCGGCUAUGUGAAUGACUCCAAGGAGGGCUUUGGCACCUUCUCCUGGCCGGACGGCCGCUCCUACGAGGGCCAGUGGGCCGAGGGCAAGCAGCAUGGGCAGGGGGUCUUCACCAACCAGCGGAAUGAGCGCAAGGAGGGCGUCUGGGUGCAGGGCAAGCGCCAGCAGUAGAGUCGCUUUGCGACGGGUCCGUAGACUUGACGUGCUGCUGCGAGUGUGAGGUUUGGAGGUCAGGAGGGUGUUUUCUGAC